CAGAAAUGUUAAGAUGGAGUCCGCAGUUGAAGUGCUGUUUGGACACAAAAUUUGAUUGCCAAGUUUUAAUGUAAUUAUUUAAGAAAAGAGCGGUAUUUAUAAGUAAAAUCCACCUGUUACAAAUGUGAUUUUACCGCAGGACAGUUCCCGACUCGUAAAAUAGUGAUUGAAGUGCAAAAUUUCUAACGAUUCCGAAGCGAUUUGUACACAAUCUUCUAUGCUCAUGACAUGCUGUUGUGAAAUGAGCAGCAAAAAAGCGAUAUGUGUCGCUUAAAGCGAUGGACUCAUACGAUUUGUUCGGGGAAGAUGGAAGUGGAAUGUUGGAAGGAUUGCCUGAGUUGGGCGCGGUACACCUCGACCCGGCGGUGACUGGAGAUAGAAAUGCACCAUCGGCCUACUCACAACCUGCCUACUCGCAAGAGACACCUCUUCAAAAAUUGGCUACUUUUGGCACUAGCAAUACAAGCACAUUUAACCAUAUGGACCCAAACACUCAGCAAAGCCUGUAUGCCCAAGGAUAUGGUGCAGAUGGUAGACCGCCUAUGGGUCCUCCAGGUGGUGCUUAUCCGCACCAAAGGCAAAUACCUAGGCCACCCACAGUACCGCCAACUGGCACUCAAUAUUCUUACCAAGCACCUGCUGACUCUAUGUAUUCUAUGCCUGAUGUACAGGUUGGAACAAUGGGUGAUACAGGUAGCAUGCAAGGUAGCUGGAGUCAACAUGCAGCUGGUUAUGCUGGAAUGCAUAGAUAUGCACAAAUGGGCCAAUACAGGCAACAGCCAAUGGCAGGUUAUCCGCACCAGCAAGAACAGAAACAGCAACAAUUUCCUUCGAGUCAACAUCCAAUGAUGCAGCAACCUCACCAAGCAAGCUACCAGAUCCAACAAAGGCAUGUGCCGCAUGGGUAUCCUCAAGGGUCUGCAUAUCCAAAUCCUGCUGCUGCUCAAAAUUAUGGAGGUUAUAUGCACCAAAGAAUGCCUCAUCAUCAAUAUCCACAAAGUCAUCAUCAGCUUGAUCUUCAGUCUCAGCAAUAUAGUCAAUUGGGGCACUCUCAAUCACUUUCACAUCCACCAUCUCACACCGCCCCUGGUCAUAUGGGUCAAGCACCUAUUUCUGUUAGUCAUCCUCAAAGUCAAAGUCAGCAGCCUCCAACUCCAAAUCCCAUGACUCAUCAAACAUCCAUGCCAAAUUAUAAUCAAACUCAUCAGCCUCAUCAACCAAUACAAAGACCGCUGGAGGUGCAACCCCCUCCGCCACAACAACAAUUUAACACGUCUAAACAUACUGGACCCCUGGGAAAUGCGAGUCCACAAUAUAGAGCACCUUAUCCGCAAUUAUCACCACAGAUGUCUCCGAGGCCCCAAAUGUCUCCAAGACCGCAAGCUCCUCAGAUGUCUCCCAGACCUGUAAUGUCACCUGCAAAACCGAGCAUGUCGCCUCAUCAACAACAUUCUCAGAUACAACAGACCAAUUUAAGUCCAAGACCAGCAACAAGCUUAACCCCAAAAACGACAGUUACUGGAACUGUACCGUCAUAUUCCCAACAAACGACGUUGCAAGCAUUGGAACAGAUGGUAAUCCCACCAUCCAGUAGUGGGACCGAUUAUCCGUAUCAGUCUCGAAAUUCGUUGGGGCCACCGCCUGGAUCUCAUCAUCCGUUAUCGCCAGCCAUGAGCAGUGUUAACAGAAAUCACAUGGCAGAUCAACAGUGGCCCCCAUCACAAUCUCCGCGCCAAACAUUGCCUCACCUUACAAACAUGAAUAAUGCUAUGUCAAUGAUGGAACAGAUCCCGACCAGUCAGCCAUUACCAACAACGCAAACGCUGAUGCCAACAACACUGCCUCCAAAUUCAAAUUUAACAGCCACCCCUUCUGAAAUUGGAUAUGGAUGUGAAGAAAUUAGAACUGAAAAACCGGUUUCUGCAUCAGAAAUUCCUUCCGAAACUGGAACAUCAACACCUGUAAGAGAUACUACUACUCCUCAGACACCUCAAAGUAUGCCAGUUGCUUCUCAAAAUGAGUUUAGUUCAGUGCAAUCUCCCACAACCAGUAUGCCAGAUAAAAUGCCUAGUAGCACUACUAAUACAGAUUUGACGGUUCCAACUUCAACUACAGCUACUUUGUCUCAUCCGCCUACCCCCACUCCAACUUCUACUACAGAUGAUAAUGUUACAAAUAUGCAAGAGUCUAGUCUUCCUUCCAAUGGAGAUUCGGUGAAACAAAUUGAUGAACUAAGUAAUGCUAGUUCAGUAUCUAACCAACAAAUACCUAGUCAAAGCAACACAAUGAACACAUUUACUGAUUUUAAUUGUGUUUCCAGCAUGACUGGGUAUCAGAGUGAACCAACAACUCCAAAACAAAGCAAAGUAGACGAUCUAGCUCAAUCUAAUGUAUCAGUAUUUAGUCAUGACAAUUCAUUGUCACAAGAAUCUUUGGCUGAAUCUAAUAAAUCCGAAUCAAGCAUGGCACAUUCGCCUCGUUUGCAAUCUCCAAGUUUUCAAAAUCAGACGGCGGCACCAUCAUUUUUGUCAAAUCAGGAUAGAAUGUCUUCAAAUAUUACUCAGAAUAAUGCAAAUGCACCAUCGUCGCCGGGUCAACCUUAUUAUUUAUCACUAAAUAGUAACCAGCAAGCUUUGAAUGUCCCUGUUAACCAGUCGGGUCAAUCAGAGCAAGGACUUCCAAGUAUGGCCCAGCACUUUGCCAACUUGCAACAGCAAACACAUAAUCCUCCUGCAACACAAAAUAUAGCAACAUCAGAGCAACAUUCUGUUUCAAAUAUUCUAAAUGCAGGAAAUCAAGGUAUUGCGCCUUCACAUAAUCAAAAUAGUAAUAUUUCUGGUAAUUCAUUAAGUCCUACUCCAAAUCGAACGAAUAAUACGUCAACUUCUUCUCCCUCACAAUCGGCAACCCUGACGACCCAACCAGCAAAUUUGGGGUCGCAACAAACAAACUUGACUCCACAGUCAGUUCUUACAGGAAUGCCUGUAACAAAUUUGCAAAAUCUCCAAAAUCAAAAUAUUCCGAGUAUCUCUCAAACACAAGCAAUAACUCUACAUGGGCAAAUGACUCCUAAUACAAAUAUUUCCACCGUAAUGUAUGAUCAGAAUCAGUCAUUAAUGAUAGGACCCAAUGGAAUUCCUGUAUCUAGACAAAUGACACCAAAUAUGACUCACGGAGCAAUGCAAGGCCUGGGGCAUCCAGGAAUGAAUAUCAUACCAGGAAUGGGGUUGAUGCCUAAUAUGACUAUGAUCCCAAAUCAAGAAAUUCCAGGGUAUCACCCACCUAUCAACCAUCAACAGGAAAGAGCUGCUUUACAACAACAGUUGCAGGAGCUGUAUUGUAUGCCACCAGCACCUGAGCAUCAGGAAAAAAUAAUAAACUUACAAGAGAGGUUAAAUAUUUUAAGUCAACAUGAAAGUACAGACCAGUGCAAUGGUGGUCCUCAAUGUAUACUACAGAGCUCUCUAUUUACAUCGCCUAUGAUAGACAGUCCUCAAGUAACAAGUACAACAGGUAGAGGGAGGGCAAAAGGAACGGGUAAGCCAAGAAAACCCAGAACAAAAAAAAGUGAAAAGGGGAUGUCUCCAGUUCAAAUAAUGAAUCAGCCGCAAAUAACUGCUCAAAUAGUUACCACGCAGACUCAGCAAUUGCCAGUUUCGGAAGAUUUUGUGACUGCUGGUGCUGGACUGAAUAUACCUUCCGGUGAAAUGUCGGAAUUUUCUGAAGUAGGAAUGGACCAUCAGUCUCCAGAGGAGAAAAAGAGGGGACGAAAACCCAAAGAUCCUAAUAAGAAACCCAAAGAACCAAAAAUUCCAAAAGAACCAAAGACUCCAAAAGAACCUAAAUCCACGAAAGAAAGAAAAAAGCGGGAACCAAAAGAUCCUAGUGAAAUUAAAGCCAAAAGAAAAUAUGUAAGGAAAAAGAAACUGGGUGAUGGUUCAGAGGAGAGUGCUACAGAUGAAUCAAUUAGUAAAUCAACAGAAAACUUAGAUAUAUCAUCACAGGGACAGGAUUUUGCUUCGGAAGAAGCUGAAGCAUUACCUGAAAAAUCGCAUAUUCCCUUUAUGUCACUAGAUGAGCAGAUGUGUGAGUCCAAACCUGAAGAUCCGCAAGAGAUGCAGGCAGACUCGCAAACUCCGUCAGAAGGUUUGCCAGCGCCCGAGUCCAGUGAAGAUAAGAAAGAUGAAUAUGCAUUUGAUGAAAAUCAAACAGAAGAAGAAAUAGGCGAAUUACCUAAGAGAACCAAGAAAUCACGAGGUCCGCCAAAGAAAGUGGUCAGUUCUAAGCCAAAAAGUAAAUUUGGAGGAUCAAAACGUAACAGACGAAGAGGAAUUGUUCCUGAAUCUGACGGAGAGGGAGAAGAUCUUAUUAGUACUCCUCCCCCUUCGCCACCGCCGGAUGAUGAUACUUCAAAUAAACGUCGUUCAGCAAGGAAUACACAGCGGAAAAAAUACAUUGAUGACGUGAUGCUCAGAUUUUCAGACGAUGAUGCUCCAGCACCUCCUCCUAGAAGUAGAAAACCUCCGGUUCCUGACAAACCAGUCCUGUCUACUUCUGUUGCUGUUGUUACACCUUCAGUUUCAUCUUCUAACACUGCUGGUACACAGGAGAAUGUUACUGCGGAAGAGUCUAUUGAUUCCGCCGAUGUCUCUAAGGGAAUGAAUUAUGUUUAUGUUAAUACUUCAGAUGAGGAUUCCAUGGUUGUUCAGUAUGUAUUGGCAUCAAGAAUGGUAAAAAAAGAGUGCAAACUGGAUGAAUUAAAGAAAGAGGAAACCACUCUUAAAGAGGAAGACGACUCGAAGAAAGGUAGCGAUUCUGAAUUUGAAGACAAACCAAUGGCAGAUACGUUGAAAGAACAAGAAAGAAUUGAAGGAAAAGCAACAGAUGAUAAAACUGAAGAAAUGGACCUAGUUGAUGUUGAAGAGUUUUUUGUGAAAUAUCGGAAUUUUUCAUAUUUGCAUUGUGAAUGGAAAACGGAAGAUGAUCUUUUCAAAGGUGAUAAACGCAUAGCCAAUAAAAUAAAAAGAUUUAAACAAAAGCAGGCCCAAUUAAUGAACAUAUUUGAGAAUUUAGAUGAGGACCCGUUUAACCCAGACUAUGUUGAAGUUGAUAGGGUAUUAGAUUAUUCUGAACAUACCGAUCCUGCUACCGGGGAAUUGGUAAAGCACUACUUGGUAAAGUGGCGUGCAUUACAAUAUGAGGAUUGCACAUGGGAGUUAGAAGAAGAUGUUGAUCCUAUAAAAAUUGAACAGUAUGAGAGAUUUAAGAAAGUGCCUUCAAAAGACAAGUGGAAACCAAGAAAGCGACCAAAUCCUGAUUCUUGGACGAAACUAGAAAAAUCACCUGUUUAUAAAGGGGGUAAUACUUUAAGAGAGUAUCAGCUGGAAGGGCUGAAUUGGCUUCUUUUUUCUUGGUAUAAUGGCAGAAAUUGUAUACUUGCAGAUGAAAUGGGUUUGGGAAAAACCAUUCAGAGUUUGACAUUCAUAAACGCUGUGUGGGAAUACGGUAUAAGAGGACCAUUUCUUGUAAUAGCACCACUUUCAACAAUUCCAAAUUGGCAAAGGGAAAUUGAAAGUUGGACUGACAUGAAUGUUAUUGUAUACCAUGGUUCAUCUACAAGUCGCAAUAUGAUCCAAGAGUAUGAAAUGUAUUUUAAAAAUGAAAAGGGUCAACAUAUUAAGGAUAUAACAAAAUUCAAUAUAUUGAUUACAACGUUUGAAAUUAUAGUCACAGAUUUUGCUGAUUUGAAAUGUUUUAAUUGGCGGCUAUGCGUAAUUGAUGAGGCUCAUCGCUUAAAAAACAGGAAUUGCAAGUUACUUGAAGGACUGAGACAGCUAUCACUGGAACACAGAGUCCUACUUUCGGGUACGCCGCUUCAGAACAAUGUGAACGAGUUAUUUUCACUUCUUAACUUCUUGGAACCCACACAGUUUUCAAAUUGCGAUGCAUUCUUGAAAGAAUUUGGGGCAUUAAAAACAGAACAAGAAGUACAAAAGUUGCAAUGUCUUUUAAAACCUAUGAUGUUGAGGAGGUUAAAGGAGGAUGUAGAAAAGUCUUUAGCACCAAAGGAAGAAACUGUGGUUGAAGUUGAACUGACAAAUAUUCAAAAAAAGUAUUACAGGGGAAUUUUAGAACGAAAUUUUUCAUUUUUAACUAAAGGCACCACAUAUGCAAACAUACCAAAUUUAAUGAAUACUAUGAUGGAGUUGAGAAAAUGUUGUAUUCACCCAUAUUUAUUAAAUGGGGCCGAAGAGCAAAUUCAAUAUGAUUUUAAGCAACAACAUGGUGAAGAUCCAGAUGCUUAUUACAAGGCUCUUAUUAACUCUAGUGGUAAAAUGGUGUUGAUUGACAAACUGCUACCGAAACUUAAAGCAAAUGGACACAGAGUACUGGUUUUCAGCCAGAUGGUUAAAUGUUUGGAUAUUCUGGAAGACUACUUGAUGUUUAGGAAGUAUCCCUAUGAAAGAAUUGAUGGAAGAAUUAGAGGAAACCUCAGACAGGCUGCAAUUGACAGAUUUUCAAAACCAGAUUCUGAUAGAUUUGUCUUUCUCCUUUGCACCAAGGCAGGGGGAUUGGGAAUUAAUUUGACGGCUGCGGAUACUGUUAUUAUUUACGAUAGUGAUUGGAAUCCACAAAAUGAUUUGCAAGCGCAAGCUAGAUGUCACAGAAUUGGGCAACAAAGAAUGGUAAAAAUUUAUAGAUUACUUUGCAGAAAUACCUAUGAAAGGGAAAUGUUUGAUAAGGCCUCUCUGAAAUUAGGUUUGGAUAAAGCCAUUUUGCAAAGCAUGAAUACUAGUCAGAAUGACAAGGGAACUGGCCCAAGACAGUUAAGUAAGAAGGAAAUUGAAGAUUUGCUAAAGAAAGGUGCCUAUGGUGCUCUACUUGACGAAGAAAAUGACGGGGACAAGUUUUGUGAAGAAGAUAUUGAUGUUAUUUUAGCUCGAAGAACACAGGUUAUAACUAUGGAAUCAGAAAAGGGGUCUACAUUCUCCAAAGCUAGUUUUGCUUCUAGUGCUAGCCGGUCUGAUAUUGAUUUGGACGAUCCAGACUUUUGGAAUAAAUGGGCUAAGAAAGCAGAAAUUGAUACUACAGAAAAAGAUGAGAGUGAAGAUUUAGUAAUUUCAGAGCCUAGAAGACGAACUCAGAUUAAACGUUAUGGACAUGAUGAAAGCGCAAUUGAUAUGUCGGAGUUAGAAAGUUCUUCAGACUCUGACCCAGAAAAUGAGGCUUUGGGUCUAAGAGGAAGUCGACGAAAUAAAUUAAAAAAGAAGAAAUACCGGGAUGACUACAUUCCCAGAGAUGGUGAAAGUAGGGGAGAAAUCGUUUAUGGAAGCUGGUCUAGGAGGGAAUGUUUUAUGGUUGAAAGGGGGUUGCUGACUUUUGGGUGGGGACGCUGGUUUGAGAUUUUGCAAAAUUCCCAGUUGCGCAAAGGAUGGAGGGAACAGGACAUUGAAGACUGUGCAAGAGUGAUACUUUUAUAUUGCCUGAGAUUUUAUCGGGGCGAUGAAAAAAUUAGAAAUUUUAUUUGGGACCUUAUUGCUCCAUCUGAAAAUGGCGAGCAGAAAAUUUCUAGAAACCAUCAGGGCCUGAAAGAUCCAGUACCAAGGGGUAUUAGAAAUAAACACAAGAAAAAACCUUCAAAGGAUAUUAGGCAUGCUGCUUUGACAGAUCCCAAUCAUUGGAGCAAGAGUGAAAAAUAUGAUGGCGACAUUUUCCUUGAAAAUAAUUAUAAGAAGCAUUUGGGAAGACAUGCGAAUAAAGUUCUUCUUCGCGUAAGAAUGUUAUAUUACAUCAAACACGAAAUUAUUGGGGAUCUAGUACAGCACAUUACCGAUGGUGUACAAGCAAGUGCCUUGCCGAUUUACCCCCCGGUAACGGAGCAAUUGCCCGCCGUGUGGUGGGACUCUGAGUGCGACAAGUCAUUGCUCAUCGGAACAUGGAAACACGGCUACGAGAAUUACACGGCGAUGCGCCAAGACCCCACCCUUUGUUUUUUGCCUCGAUUUGGGCCUCCGACGGACCGCGAGAUUCAGAUGCAGGCUGCAACUAACACGCAACCACCUACGCCUACCCAAGCCCCACCCAAUGAAGAAGAAAUAGACGACGAUGAUACCAAUGAGGAGUCCAGUCUCAAAUCAAAAACUCGCGAAUCAGAAGGAAAUUCCGAAAUAGCGGAGCCAUCGCCUGGUCCGUCAGCUUGUUCCGAGACACAACCAUUGGAAGGAGAGGAACUUAAAGAUGAAUUACUUGAUGAUAAAAACCCUUGGCCCACAGUUACUGACCUUAAUACAAGACUUAGGCGAGUCAUUACUUCCUAUCAAAGGAAUUAUCGCAAGGAGGAACAAAAAUCACAGGCAUUGAAGGCUAAGCAACAACAGCAGCAACAAUCGGCGUUAGACACAUCAGCUCUCUCUUCUCCAUUGGCAGCACUAGCACAAGUCUCACAGCAGUUUGAUCCACGAGACGCCGCCUCCCUGGGUCUGCAAGGUUGGGAUCUGCAACAGCUCGCCCUUUAUCUUCUGAAGAUGGAACGCCAAGGUAAGCAAGCAUUAGAACAGGCAAUGAAGGACAGCACUAAAGAACGGGAAAGACUCUCCAUAUCCAAACGUUGGACUAGAAGAGAAGAGGCAGAUUUCUUUAGAAUUGUGUCAUCAUAUGGCAUUAUAUAUUAUAGGAAAUCUAAAAAGUAUGAUUGGAUAAAGUUUAAACAGCUCGCGAAAUUGGAGAAAAAAGCCGAUGAAGAGCUGACUGAAUAUUAUAAGCACUUUGUUAUGAUGUGCAAAAAGCAGACCGGAUUAAAUUCGGAUGAAGGGAUUUAUGACAUUACAAUUGAGCAUGUUGGUGAAGAAAAAGCCCGAAGGACGUUAGAAAGAUUAGAACUGCUUUCUAGGAUAAGGGAGGAUAUUUUAACGCAUCCCAAAUUAGAUGAUCGUCUCAAGGUCUGUCUAACCUCUGCCGAUAUGCCCGAGUGGUGGAUACCCGGUAAACACGACAAGGAUUUGUUAUUAGGCGUUGCAAAGCAUGGCCUUGGGCGAACUGACUACUUCCUUUUAAACGAUCCGGACUUGUCCUUCCAUGAAGUGCUUAAGAAGAAAGUGAACUCAGAAUCUCAAGAUGCAAAGAAGGCAAUUAAAUUAGAGAGUCACGAAGACAUUUUAAAGUUUGAUAAAGACGAGAUAUUGGUAAAAUUGGAAAAAGGAGAAGGUACCUUAAAAAUCGAAAAAGUUGCACCAAAAAAAGAAAAUGCAGAUGACAAAAAACUUGAAGAUGAAGUGACUAUAAAUUCGGAAAGUGUCAAAUCUGAAAAGGAAGAAGCUGACGCAGAGAAAAAACCUCCGGAAAAAGAAGAAAAUUCGGACUCAGUUCAGGAGGAAGAAUGUAAAGAUAAAGAUGCUGAUAUAAAAGAAACAUCAGAAACUAACAGGGAAGAAGAUAAUUUUUCAAAAACUGUGGCCGAUGGCGAGAGCAAACUACCAAAAAUUGAGGACAAAUCGAUUAAGGUGGAAGCAGAAUUGUCUGCUACUGACUUGUGUUCAAAACAAGCAGCUGAGCUGAAGGCGAUGUUUCCAGACUUGGAGGUUAUUCAACCUCUUUCAAGGUUGUCUCAAGUGGAUACCUUUGUGUUACGGGACAAACCAAGUACAACAGGUGUAUUAGAUUUUAGCGAGACCACAGUUGCACAGUUAUUUAACAGUGCUGUGAAAUGGCCCAAAGAAUAUGCUAUUCAAGUCCGCCUGCAGCACAUUAUCUAUGCUGUAGAAACCAAAGAGUGGCCUGCUUCAAAAUCUUUCUCUGCAUAUGCGACUGGUAUUGGCAACGAAUUUGACAUUCCCAUUCAUGAACUCCCAAGUGAACCUAUGAAACGGGAAACUCCCACCCCCGAAGUAGAUAGUGUAUCCAUAAUGAAAAAGACUGACAAAAGAAAAAGACACAUCGCUAUAGAUGUUGAAACAGAAAGGGCGAAAUUGCACGCUCUUUUGAAUAGUACUCAAUUAAGUAAUCCUCUUGGCAAGUCUCAUUGGGAUGAUGAUUCAGAAGAUUCAAAACGAUCUACUCCACAAGGAAAUCUGCAACCACCUCCGGCACAUCAACAUAAGGCAUCGACUUUAAAUAUUAAUAUUGGUACAAUGCCAUUUGAUUUCUCAAACAAAUACCAACCUCCUUUAACUCCAAAAACUAUCGGACAGACAACUGUCAUUCCCGGAACGAGUAGUACACUUACCCCAAUUGACUUAAGUUCAAGCAUCCCCAAGAGCAGCGAUAAAUGUCUAGAUAUGCAAAACGAGGUUCAGGAUUUUUCAUUAAAAAAGCCCUCUAUGUCUACUGGAAGCAGUAGUAGUGUUAGUAGUGGAACAUCCAAAACCGGCAACAAACUCGACGAUACUUUGUCGAAACUAAUGAAAAGAAAGAAUUGCCCGGAACCGGAAGCUGUGGUAGGCAAAGAAAAGAAACGCAGAAAAUUAGAUGAAAUUGUUUUGGGGUUGUCCGCUGCCAAAGAACAGUCGCUGUUUCCAGAAACUACCAAAAAACAGCCGGUGACUCCCAGUGUCACUGUCACUCCCACCUCUGCACCUGUAAGCUCAUCCUCAAGUCCUUCCCAAAAACCAUUUACCAUAACUGUCACAUCCGUUCCUUCUACAGCCCAAACCUCCGGUCGAAAUAGUGGACUGCCAAAUAUUUUACCUAGCUUGUCUGCAAAAGACAGCUUUUCGACGUUUUUGGCCCAAGCCGAGCAACAAACUCUUAUGCUAAAGAAACAACAACAGCAAAGAAAGAGUUAUGAGGCAAUGAUUGCGGAUAUUGGUUCCAAAGUAAAUUCUUAUUCUCACGAGGCUAAAGUUAACAAGUGGCUCGCGGAACAAAAUGCCGCUUUAGCCGAACAACCGUUGGGUGCGGAUUAUUUAUCAACUCGAAGAAGAAGACCUAGAGUCGACCCCACCUUAUUGGAUUGGAAGAAACUAACUGGCGAUGAAAAUGUUUCCGUCAUACAUAGGGUAACCGGAAAGAAACUAACUGGUCCCAAGGCACCCACCCUUAAAAGAUUGGGUCCGUGGCUGAUGGAGAAUCCCAUGUACGAUAUCGACCCUAAGUGGUCAGAGUUAGUAAAGGAAAGAGGGAAUCUUGGAUCGGAUUUGCAUAAGCGGAUGCCUGGUCAAUCUGGUGUGUCCGGAAUUUCAACUGGAAAACAAAAGUCUGGAGCUUCUUCAGGCAGACCUCCCUUGUUAUCUAGUCCCACUGGUUCUACUUCAAGUGUGAGUUCAGCAAAUGUGAACACAUCAUUGCCAUCGAGCAUGUCUUUCCCUUCAUUGACUAACUCAGGGCUUGCUGGAUUGAACUCUAAUCUUCUUUCUGGCAUUUCUGGUUUGGGACAAUUUGAUCCAAAGUCUAAUCCAUUGCUAAUGCCUUUUGCUGGCCUGCCCAUGGGCUCCAUGAACAGUCUUGGAAAUCUUUCCAACAUGAAUCUAUUUGCCAACUUAGCUGGUUUAGGUCUUCCCGGAUUAGGCGGAAUGGAUCCAUCUGUGUUAGCUAAUGCGGCGGCAGUUUCUUCAGGUAAAAGUCAAAGCAGUAAGGCUAGUGCAUCAGCUAGCUCUAGUAAGUCGGAAAAACCACAGGAAGCUCAUACUUCAAAUAAGAGUCAAUCAAGUAGCGCAAACAUACCCACAACAAAUCCUUUCCCUUUCUUUUUCCCUAAUCCAAGUUUACUUUACACCCCGCUUGGGCUAGGAGGCUUGAAUCCAUUUACACUGCAACCAGGUUUAUCGGCAUAUGACAGUCUGGCGCAGCAGUGUGGGUUAUUGAACGGAAAUUUGAACCCUGCCGCAUCGCCAAAUUCAAAAAUGAAGUCCAGUUCGUCAGGUAGUUCUAGGCCCUCUUCAGCUUCGAUAACUACAACUGCUACGACAGCUCCUAGCCCCAGCGGAAGCAGCGGCAGCAGUGGUAUGAAACAGCCAAGCAGAUCAUCUAGUAGAGAUGCUCACAUACAACAGUUGCUUCUACCGCCAGACACUCAGAUUCUAGAGAAUAUAUCGAAAACAGCAAGUUCUUUUGACUUAGGCAUGAAAAUUGGCAAAGCCGAUAAAAAAGAAGACAAAAGAAAAGCUUUGGAGAAUUUAAGAGGUAUGUUACCUACAGAUUUCACUCAAAUUUCGAAAGAUAAGAAAAGCGGACUUCCGGGACUGGCAGAUUUCACUAAACUGCUAGAGGCACAGGUGAGCCAGUCGACAAAAAAAUCACAAGAGCAACAAGUGAAAGAAGCGUUAGAGCAGUUCAGCAAAAACAACGCUGAACUAAUGGCUAAGGCGUUUGUGGAGGAGCAGGCAAGAUUAAAUAUUCCUACGUCCAAACGCCCGAGGGGAACUAGCGAGUCUCAACUUCUUCCCGAUAAACGGUCGGCUGAAGAAGAACCAACCCCAAAGAAAGCAAAACAACAGGAAGAUCAACAAAAGUCACGCGCUACUACCCCUACGACGCAGGCAACACCACCACCCCAGUCAAACACGUCGACUGUCGGUGAACAAGAAGGGGUAGACAUAGAGGCUCUAUUGCCAUCUAGUGUAGUUACAUCUGCGAAUGUGACGCCAGAAAAGCAACCCCAGUCACUGGAUCUUUCCAAGGAACAGGGUGACAUGUCAGAACCCAAGGAAACUCUAGAUGACACGUUUGCGGAGGAAACCAAAAACGACGAUGCCUCCAAAGAUGCUGACAGUAAACUGACAGUUGCGGGUCAGGCUGAUGAAACUGAUGCGCCACCAAAGAAAAAUUCAAAAAGAAGAGGCAAGCGUAAGUCUGGCGAACUUCUCAUCGAUCCCGAGGCGAUAAUUGAGAAGAAGAACUUGCGAUCUAGUGCAAGCCGGUCAGCUGCAGCAGCUGCGGCAAGGCAGCAACGGGAAGCUGAAAACGCACAGCGGGAAAGCGAAAACGCUUCUUAAAAAGGUCGCGACAAAAAUCUCACUUUUAAGAAACUAAAUGGGUAUUUGGUGAACUGUGAUAAAAUCGAACGUGAAGAUACACACACAGAGAUAGUGAAAAUGGUGCGAAAGUUUUCCGAAUAGAACGGACUUGCGGUACUGAUUAAUUACGCUUGGUACACUUAUAAUCCCCCAAUUACAAUGAAUACUUGUUUAGGGUAUAUUAUAAUAGACGUAAACUUAUCUUAAAGUUGAAUUGCAUUUGGAUAAAACUCGAAUUUUUUUUUUUUUUCUAGAGCAUUUGGUUUCGCCAAGUAAUGCAAAAUUGGCUCGAGUUAAGUUUUUAUUUUACGGUUUAAUUUUUUUAAGAUGAAUAUCUUUUUCCUUUUAAGAGAAUGUAUGAUAUUUUAUCAUUGAUUUUUAUUUGUAAAUAUAUUAUACAUGAAGUGUGAAAGUGUGUAAAUAAAUUUAUUAAGUGUUUUUUAAAAUUCUUUUUUUAUUAUUAUUUACUUGACACAAUAUGUUGCGUAUUAGUAAGUCUAAAAAUUUAUUUAUUGUGGAUUUUCUAGUGUCCUGCAGUAUAAUAUCUCUAUUUAUUGACAUUCUCUUUUUUUACAGUUUUUACAUUUAAUUUAUAAACAAGCUGACAGGAUGAGCAAUCUGUUGUCUCCAAAAGUAAACGUGUACACUUAUAUGGUAGGGUAGCUCUCUCUCUCU